AUGAAUGUGCAGGAUGGUAUUAAUGCUGCUGUUUCGGUGCUCGUUUCGGUGCUAAUAGUGAUAGUGUUGGUUUGUUUAGGUUGGUAUCUGGUCUGGAAGUUGUUUCUCUCCCGGUUCAAGCUGGUCCGCGAGCUGCUUGGCAUUGCUCAGUCGAACGAACAUUCGCCAGCACACACCUUGAGCAAGGAUUACUCAACGGCGGGUAGUGCUGUCGGCGGUAUUGGAAGCAGUAACAGCUUUAACAACUUAAAUACCGAUAAUAGGACACGGUCGUCCCGGAAGGUGCGAAGAGAUUAG